GCAGUCGCGCAUAUGUACAUUCACACCUCUGCCUCUUUCCCUCACCUUCUCAUUACUCGUAGCACUUUCUAGCUUGGAAAGAUGGCUAGCAUAGCGUCCCAGGUCAUCCUUCAUCCGGUCACGUCUCAGUCGUUGAAGGUGCUCAGCACUACCAUUGGGAGAGACAAGCUUUACCGUGCCAUCCAAUACUUUGCACGUUUCUUCGCAUGGUCGCUCCUCGCUAGAGGCUACAAGAUUCAGGCUGCGCGGUGGGACGCGCUGAAGUCCCAUCUCGCCCUGGGCCGCAAGCUCCUACGGCUGGGCAAGUCCCUGGAGAACGCUCAGGCGGCUCUCCGAGCCAUUUCAGCCCCUGGUGAAACCGGAGAGCGUAUCACUGCAAUCGGAAGGCAGCUGGGCUACUUCGGGUACUUAUCCCUGGACAAUAUCGGUUGGGCGCACUCCAUCAAGUUCUACAACCUAGCUCCAUCGACUGCCCAGAAGAUCAACAAGCGUGCAAUGCAGUUCUGGUUCACUGGGAUAGUGUUCAGCAUUGUUCAUGGACUUCUCAAGGCUGGCCGCCUCGCGAACGAGGUCAAGCAACUUCAGGGCCAGGCAUGGAGUGAGAAGAGUGCGGAAGCGGAGCGCGAGCAUAAGCUUCGCAGCCUCCAGACUGCUCGCGAGGAUGUGCGCUACCAGUUCAUCUUGGACCUCCUUGACGUAUGGAUUCCCGCGACGAACAUCGGUCUGGUCAACUUGAAUGACGGUAUUCUCGGUAUCUUUGGUUUCGUUACCUCCUUGAUGGCUCUGCGCCAACAAUGGCUCGCUGCCGCUGGUAGGAAGUAAAUGAUCUCUGUUUCCGCAGUUGUCUAUGCUCCUGAGUAUAUUAGUAUCAUUCAUACAAUAGAUCGAUUGCG